AAGAUAUAGGACGUAGAGUAAUAGGGUACAGUAAAGGGAAGGAACAGCAUUAAGAGAAGAGAAGGGAUAACAACGUGCGCGUGUGCAAACCACGCCGGGGGUGGUUGGUCGGUCGGUGGUCCGAACUCCGAAAAUCAUACGAUCUUGUCUUUAUUAAAAUUUUGUUCGGCUCCAUUUUAAUUCCUAUUUCAAUCAUCAACAUACACAUCAUUUUAUUUAAACAGACAGUAAAGACAAUACUUGAUUAUUAUUUUAAUUAUCAAAUAAUAAUCGUUGGUUAUCAGUAUUUUUUUAAUUUAUUACAUUUACAUAAAUAAUAAUAAUAAUAAUAAGACUAAGACUAAGAGUAAUAAUUAUUAUAUAUACAUAUAUAUAUAUUUAUAACUAGGAAUUAAUAGGAUUAGUAACGCCGGUAAAGCAGCAGUGUGCGUGUGUGUAAUAAAAGUAUCAGAGCAACAAAGGAAGAACAAAAGUAAGAUAAAAAAAAAGUUGUUAGAUAUAAAAAUAAAAAAACGCCGCGAAAGAAAGAAAGACUGGAGCGCAGAAAAACGCACGCGGUGUCUAUAUAAAAAUGGCGAAGGCGUUUCGCGCGGUGACAGUCUCUACUUUGUCAAACAAUGGACAGUCAACGCCGAAAUACAACAGACCGGUUACACUUAACAUUAACUAUGAUCCUCAAGGACUCAGCAUUGAAUUAUUAUCAGAAGACUUCACUGAAAAAGAGCCAAAACAAUUAUUGGAAUUUCCCAUAACACAUACUACUGAAUGCUCGCGAGUUGCUACUAGAAGUUACGUAUUUACUCUAGAUGCUGAGAGUCUACUUAUUACAUUUUCAAAUGAACCAGAUUUCCGAAACUUCCAUUCCCAAGUGCUAAAACUAAAAAAUGGAAAAGGCAUGUCCGCUUUUAAUGAGAGAACAGAAGACUUAUCAGCGAUGCAGUAUUUUCAAUUCUAUGGCUAUUUAUCACAGCAGCAAAACAUGAUGCAAGAUUACAUUAGAACAAGCACAUAUCAGCGUGCUAUUCUUGGAAACUUGUCAGACUUUAAAGACAAAGUUGUGCUAGACGUAGGUGCCGGAUCUGGAAUAUUAUCAUUCUUUGCAGUCCAAGCUGGUGCUAAAAAAGUAUACGCAGUCGAGGCUAGUAAUAUGGCCAAUCACGCGGAACUUCUUGUCGCCGCAAACAAUCUAUCAGAUAAAAUAGUUGUAAUUGCUGGUAAAAUUGAAGAAAUUGAACUGCCGGAACGUGUCGAUUGUAUUGUCAGUGAACCCAUGGGCUACAUGCUGUACAACGAGAGAAUGCUUGAGACUUAUUUACAUGCUAAAAAAUGGCUAGUGCCAGGUGGAAGAAUGUUCCCUUCGCGCGGUGACCUUCACAUAGCUCCGUUCUCUGAUGAAACACUUUACAUGGAACAGUUUAAUAAAGCAAACUUUUGGUACCAAACGUGUUUCCAUGGCGUUGACUUGUCAUCAUUGCGGAAUAACGCGAUCAAAGAGUACUUCCGACAGCCUAUUGUCGACACAUUUGACAUACGUAUUUGUAUGGCUAAAUCUGUCAGACACGUUGUUGACUUCCAAACUGCUGACGAGACUGAUUUACAUAAAAUAGAAAUAGACGUUGAUUUCCAUAUAUUGGAGAGUGGAACAUGUCACGGUCUUGCAUUUUGGUUUGAUGUUGCAUUUAUUGGUUCAACUCAGCAAGUUUGGUUGAGUACAGCACCAACGGAACCUCUUACUCAUUGGUACCAAGUCCGAUGUCUCUUAGAAAAUCCAUUGUUCUGUAAAAGCGGACAAUUACUUUCUGGAAAAGUUAUUUUGAUAGCUAAUAAAAGACAAUCGUAUGAUGUUACGAUAGAUUUAAAAUUAGAAGGAACGAAUAUCGAAAGUAGCAGCAAUACACUAGACUUAAAAAAUCCUUACUUCAGAUACACUGGUGCCGCGGCACAAUUGCCCGCUGGUUUAAAUAGCACAUCACCUAGUGAAUCAUAUUGGACAACAUUGGAUGCUCAAGGCGCGCGACAAGCUGUUAAUAUGGUCAAUGGAAUGUCUGUUAAUGGUCUAGGUGAAGUUUCAAUGGAUACGGGAGCUGUCAAUCCCAGUAAUUUACUAGCACUAGUGUAAAAAUAACAAAAAAACAAUAAAUUUAUUUGCAUUAUUUGCAAUACUCUACGUGUCAAUUUCCAUAGUUUGAAAUCAAGAUUCAAAAAACGUUUUAUCAAAUGAAUUGUAAUUUUAAUUAUUGGCUCAAUACUUUAAUGAUUGUGUAAUAAGUAGUACGAGUGUGUACUCAUACUCAAUGUAUUUUAUUAUUUAAUAUUAUUAAUUAUUAAUUGAAAACAAAAAAAAAUAAAAUAAAAUAAAAAUGAUGAAGUUGAGAUGAAAUUAUAUUUAAAUUGUAAACAAUGAAAACAACAAAUAAAUCAAUUAAGCAACGCUAGUUAAAGUUUAAUAAUUAAUAAUUGAAAUGAAUGAUACAUAUUUAACAAAUCGUUUCGACAACAGGAUUUAAUUUUACAAA